GAGAUGGCAAAGCAAAUCAUGAAAGGCAUCACUGACAACUUAGACCAAGACAUCAUGAUGCACAAAGAUAUCAUUUUAAAGAUAAAACAAAUGAAUGAGGUCACUAAGAAGAAAGCAACUAUAGGAAUUUUUGGGAAAUCAGGAGAAGGAAAGAGCUCUCUGUUAAGCGCAAUUCUGGGUAAAAAGGACCUAUUGCCAUCUGGCUGUUUUGGUGCAUGUACAGCUGUUAUAACUCAGGUGGAAGCAAAUCUGAGUGACUCCAACUACAAAGCAGAGAUUGAAUUCUUCUCUAAAGAGGAGUGGGAGAAAGAGCUUCAAGAUCUUUUUAAAGUUUUAUCGGAUGACAGUGAAGACAAGAAUGAGGACAUGAUUGAAAUUGCUGUAGAAAAGAUCACAGCAUUGUAUGGAGAAGAUGCAGAUAGGAAAACCCUAAAAGAGCUCAAAAAUCGUAGCAUAUCUGUCAAGAUUGAAGACUUUUUGUCCAGCAGUAAGAAAAUGAUUUCAACCGAUGAUGUUACUGAAUUUGCCAACAAAGUUGCAUGUUACAUACUGCAUAGUGAGGCAAGUCCUGGUGGCUGGUAUUGGCCACUUGUGAAGAGCGUGACCUUCAAGGUUCCAGAUUGUCGUGACCUCUUGGAGUACAUAACCCUUGUUGAUAUACCAGGUACUGGAGACUGCAACAAGAUCAGAGAUGACCUCUGGAAAUCUAAACUGAAAGAGUGCUCUUUUGUGUGGAUUGUAAGUGCCAUCAAUCGAGUCAUCACUGAUAAAGACCCCUGGGCAAUAUUAAAACACUGCAUUGAAGAGCUGGGACCUGGGGGAGAGUGCAAAAACAUAAACUUCAUCUGUACCAAAAGUGAUGAUAUUAAUACAGUUGCCUAUAUUAGAUCUGCACGGCUUACUCAAUUUCAAAGCUUAGGAGACAAGGAACAGAAAAAAGAAUGCACACUUCAUAGAAAUGUACUUGCCAAGACAAGGGUCAAAGAAAAGUUUGAAAACUCUGAAAUACAGAAAAAAAUGAGCCCAGACAAUGGUUUUCUUCAAGUUUUCACUGUAAGUUCCAGUGCAUUUUUUGAUCCAGAUUUAAAUCUGGAACCUAACGUAACAGAAAUCCCAAAACUACAGGAAGCUCUGAAAAAUCUUAACAAGAGCAUCAACCGAGAACUGGCAAGAGAUUAUGUCAAUGAAGCAAAGGGAGUUUUGUCCUUGAUCCAAAGCGUUCAACUGGAUGCAGACAAGGAAAUGGUAAAGGACAAAGUCCACAAGGAAUAUGAGAAAAACCUCAUGAAGGCCCAAAAAGAACUGGACAAGUAUUUUGACUCCUGUUAUAAUGAUCUGAAGCAGUGUCUGUCAGCAGGAGUGAAAAAAUCUGUCCAGUUAUGUGUUGCUGACACAGAAGCACUGGUGUCACCUAAUAAGGAUAAAAGAGGAUUUCAUAAAGUUCUUCAAGCUUUAUGUAACAAUGGAGGAUGCUAUUGGUCGAAAAAUUGGGAUGUAGUCCUGGACCUAAACAAGAAAUUGGCUGAUCACCUGCAUGGAUCCAUAAAUCCAUAUUUCAGUAGGAUUUUUCCUAUCUGUGGUAAAACAGGAACAUCAGUGCAGGAACAAAUUGACAAAUUCAGUUUAAUCCAGAGUGAAUCCAGCCCUUACCCCAGAUCUCCCAUGUUAUGUCACAUUCAAAACUUCAUCAAAGCAGAGGAAAAUAAACUGAAGGCAGUACUCAGAAGAGACAUUCUAGAAAUGAAAAAGGAAAUUUAUUCAUUAAUCCUAACAACCAUUCAGAAUCAGAUGGCUUCUCGCUAUAUAUUAGCCGCAGCAGAGAAAGGACCAGGAUCUAUGAAGAGAAGGCAAGAAAUAUUAAUAAGCUCAGUCAAUUCAAUAAAAAAUGACAUGUUCAACAUGUCAAAAAUGGAAGUCCUUAAAAAGUUCAAUAACCUAAAGCUGUAUAUAAAAGAUGCUCUUGAAACUGGACUAAAGAGAUCAAUGGAACUUGCACUGUUACAAACCAACAAUAUCAUCCUGUUGGAUGUUUCCAGAGAGAUCGAGGAACUAGAGAGACUGACUGAGCAACUUUCUGACUAGGAUCAUCAAGCAAUACAAAGCACAAUUCACAAACCAGAAAAAAAUGGUUUAGGUAAAAGAAAAAUCACAUUUUUGGUAAAACUUUAUUUUUUAGUAAAGGAUUAUAAUUACUGCUGGGGAGGGAUCGGGAUCAAUCACAUACAAAGUAAAAGUGCUUUUUUGCAUAAUAUAUGUGUGUGUAAUUAUGUAUAUUUAACUCUUUCCCCGCCAUUGACGAGAUAUCUCGUCAAUCAAGAGAAAACGCUUCCCCGCCAAUGAUGAGUAUUUCCGUCUUUCCGCAAUACCGCUAUUAUCCACCCUUCCGCAGCUUUUUAAACCCGGAAGUAUUGCCCUAUGGCAAGCUGCUUCAUGUCCGUGUCUGUUUUAAAGAUCGCUCUGAAUGGGAUCUCUAUGAAAAGUCCGUCACAAAAAAGGAAUUAUCUCUGCUUUUUGCUCAUAAUGUGGUGUUUUUACAGAAACCUACCCAUAUUCAAAAGCUGAUUACAGGCAGGUAGAAUGAAACGUUUUUUUUUUUUUUUUUUUUGAAAGCAGAGGGUCUGUUCUUUCAUUUGGUAUAUUGUAUGUUUAUAUAUUUGAAGAAGAACAUUUUCUGGAAGGCAUUAAACUUUUGUGAAAAUCAUGAAAAACGCUGGUGCUGGCUGGCAACUUUUUUAAAAAACGCUGGCGGUGAAAGAGUUAAACAAGCAGACAUACAUGUAUACAUUUCAGAACAUUUUUUUCAUUUAUAUAUCCAUUUGUUGUUUAUAUAGAAUUGUAAAAAUAUAAAUAAAUAUUUAUACACAUGUACAUGUUUUUUAAAUACAUACAGCAGGGAAAAUAAGUAUUUGACACAUUAGCAUUUUUAUCAGUAAGGGGAUUUCUAGCUAUUGACACAAACAUUUUUAGGGGGGAGGGUUUCACUCUCAAUACUGACAGAUUUCAGGUGAUCUCCUGGCUUUCUAUGCCAUUUUGCACUUUGUUCUCUUCAUGUGUUCAAUACUUGUUCCCUGUGUCAUUUCACUUUAUUUAUUAUGACUCAACUUGUAUACUUAAAUGUUCUGAUUUCUUUGGAUGAAUUCAAUAUUUGGCUUGAUGGCUACAUCUGGUGGAAAUUUUGUGUCAAUAGCACACUUAGAAAUCCUCUUACUGAUAAAAAUGCUGAUGUGUCAAAUACUUAUUUUCCCCACUGUAUAUGAAUGUGUGUGUAUUUAUAUAUAGAUAAUAAUUACACACAGCAAACACUCCUAUAUUAUGCAAAAAUACUUUUAUUUUGUAUACAAUUAAUCAUGAUUACUCUUUGCCCAGCACUAAUCAUAAUAAUGUUUUCUUUAUUAGUUUUUUGUUUAUUAAGUUUUAUUGAUUUUGUUUUGACAAAACAUCAGGGGCCUCAUUUAUAAAGCAUGUGUACGCACAAAACAGGUCUGGUAACGUGUGUAUGCCAAUUCUCACGCAAAUCUAUUAAAAAAAAACUUGACAGGAGAAUGGGCUUAAAGGGUGGGAUAUAAGGAUGUUUCAUGUACGCACACUUGCAGGUGAUCUGUGAUUUAUAAAGGGAACAUUGCUUUGUUUUAUAAGUCAUAAUAUUUUUGGCUUAUGCCAUUUUUGGCUUUUGUGCCUACGUAGACUUUUAGUAAGGAUCCUACGCACAAUUUUAUAAAUGAGACCCCUGAACUUUAGGUUUGUUUUUAGGUACACUGCAUAUACAGACAGACAGACAGACAGACAGACAGACAGACAGACAGAUUACUUACUUCUUAUUGUAUAAAACAAUAUUUUGAUUUUGAGUUUUUUUUACAGUAUUUACUGUAUUUGAAUAUUACGCUGUAAAUUCUAAUGUUAAGUCUAAUUUUAAAACAUUGCAAUUAUUUUUAUUCUGUUGAGCUUUUUAAACAAGCCAUUCUCUUAGUUGUGAAAUACAUACGUCAAAUUUUAAUUUAUAAAAACUAUUAAUAAAAUUUAAUUGAAAAGAA